GUUAUGCCUAAUAUGAAAAUAAAUAGUGAAUCCACCGCACUACAAGCUGAACGUUUAUAUCUUACUCUUAAAAUUUUUCCAAUGGCAUCAACGAUUGCUUUGCUUGUGCGCAUAGCAAUAAAAACAAAGGAUUAUACAAAAGCAGCAAAAGACAGAAGAAAAUCAGAUGAAUGUUCAACUGGUUUUCGCGAAAUGCCAGAACAACAAAACGAAUGUGAAAUUUGUACAUCCGCAGAAACCGAUGGCGACACUUGUGCCUUCUGUGGUAAAAGCACUUCGGUAUCUUGUGAGAUUACAAGCAUAUCGGAUUUUCAGGAACAUCGUUUUGAAGAGGUCGCUUUUUCUGCUAUAUCCAGGGAGCGAGAAAAUAUUUGGCAAGAAAAUCGAAAUGACAAUAACAGGUGUGAACGAAAGGGUUUUUUCCAAACGUUGUACCAGCGAUGUGGUAAGCGUGGUCUAACAGUUAGUCCUAACAAUAGAGUCUCACCAGUACUACAUUUUACAAACUCAUCUGCGGGAUAUUGUAGCACGGGAGUAUAUGCAGUUCAACUGAAUGACUCAACAUCUGCCGGAAAAGCGGAAUCUGAUCAACAUGGAAACAACAUUGAGUCAAUCAGUCGUCGACCUGUUGUUUGUCGACAAUGCCUGGUUACUACUCAAGCCCAAUAUCCUAAACUGUUUAAUGUAAUCACCAACACAUCGUUAACCAAACUUGCGAAUAUAACAUCUUAAAAGUGUUGGCACCACUUAGCUAACGUUUCUAGACUUGAGGUGAAUUAAAGUUUUUUUUGUCACAAGUCACUAAAUUUUUCAGGGUAGAUUUCUAUGUUAGAAAUUCGGUCACGUUCCCUAUAUAAUGUAGCAAAAACUUUUUAAAUGACUCAUUUGGCUAAACUCCUUGUUUAAGUAAUGCUAUAUACUUGACGCCGACGGCCAGUACUGCAGUGUCCAGCAUUCCUGACAGACAAUGAUUUUGCUUUGUCAUUUCGAAAUAUAAAGACUACGGCCCUUCCACAUAUUUAUCAUCCUACAUCUGACAGAAUACUUGCCAAAAGCCUUGUUCGGAAUAAAGGUGAAGGAUACAACAAAAGAUUUAUUGAUUGAUUCCAUUCUUCACAAAAAAAUCAAAGAUUUAUUAGUAUUAAUUAACAUUAUAUAUAACAAGUAAGAGUGUAUUGUACUAUUAUGAAAUCAUUGGAUAUUGAGCGUUAGUUGUUGUCACAUAUAUAUAUAAAACAUAUGGUCUCUGGUUUGUGAUUCAACGCAAAAUUAUAAAUAACUUGAGCUCGACUUCGAUUCAAUUAUUGCUUAGAAGUCGCUAGCAUUCGACUAACUAGAAUGACUCAAUAAAUUUAUUAAAUAUAUAUUCCAAUUCAACAUCUUUAUAAAUCAUUCUGGUAUUAUUUUAGCAAGGGGGAAAUAACUAAAAUGAGAAAAUUAUAUUUACUUCAAUAAUGAAACAAAUAUGAACAUAAAAUAACAAACAGAAUUUUAAAUAUUGAAUAAAAAAUAGAUCCUGACUGAAUGAAGAGUUAUGGUUUCUUUCAUAAACUAUUAACUGCUUCUCUGUGAUUCAUUUAUUUAAACAGGCUAAAACAAAAGGCUCAUUUUCGAAUGAUUUGAAUGGAUUCGAAAAGUGGAUUUAAAAUUAUUCAAUAACAUUGUCGCAUUUAUUGAUACCAUAUAUAAUAUGAUAUAUUAGAACACAAGUCGUAAUAGAAUUUAAGAAGAUUUAAAUUUUUGAAAUUAAAUUUUUGAUUUGUUGUAAGUUUAAUAUUUUAAAAAUAGAAUAAAUACAUAUAACCGCGAUGAAAUAUUUUUAUUAUUUAUUCAUGGUAUGUGGUGAAUAGUAUAAUAAUAAAUACACCUAUUUUAUUUAUAUAAUGUAUAUAUCUGACGUGAACAACUCAAUACGCUCGACACUUCAGUUUUGAAAUUGAGUGAUGGUGGAGAGAGAAAUUUUUGUGAGAAAUAUUCUGAAAUUUCAUUCUUCUUUAGUACUUUACAUCAAACAAAUUUUACGACUACAGUGAACUAAUUUACUGACCAAGAUUGUCCACACUUCAUAUUGUGAGUUCCAAAACAAAGUUGUCGUAAAUAAUUAAUAUCUUUCAAUGAAGAACUAAAAUCAAUUUUGGUACCGGUAGCCUAUGUAAAAUACUGCAUCACUUUGUGUUCUGUUCUGUUGGUUAUCGAAAAGUUAUAAACAUUUAUUCGUGUUUUACUAUUUCAUCAUUACGUGGUUAUAUAAUAUAUAAGGUUAAAAACUUAAACUGUAUUACAUAGAACAUCGUUUGAUAGAAAUCAUUAUUCACCAUUGUCCGUAUUGCUGAUAAAAUAAUGGACGUAUAAAAUACGGCACUGUCAUAUAAAGAUAAUUUGAAUAUAUUAACAAUAUUACGAUGAAUUAGUUCAUUAAUUCUAUAAAUUGUAUUGGUUGAAGUAACCAUCUCGCACAUAUUUUCUAUGCAUAGAACAACAUAAAGUGUUUUUGUACAUUGUCAUAAUCAAAUAUUUGUUAAAAGUAAAAGUUUAUCAGCAGAAUUGUUUGAAUAAAAAGAGUGUCAAUUUCUCAGGGCAGUCAUAAUAGAAAAA